UAACACAGACCAUGGCAACAGAGAAAGAGGGGUUCUCUCAACUUCUCCAAGAAAAACAUCAACUUCAAGUGGCGCAAGAGGACAGAAUAAGAAACCUCACCAAACUUCUGGUCACAAGCAACAACCUGACUUGUGUACAAAAGGUGCCCAGACGUCGGGUUACCUGGGGAGGGAAACUGCUCCGCUUGGCCCACCCGUCUCCCAGCGAAGACUGUCUGUCAGACCGUAGCUUUGCUGCGUCUGUCAGUCGGCAGAGGAAAGUUCAUUUCUCCUCUGUGAUGGAGCAGAUCGAAGAUGAAGACUUUGAUGGUGACUGGGAGAUUCCUGAUGAGUCGUCAGAUGACACAAGCCAAUGUCAAGACUUGAUGACUUUCCAGAGCAUGGCUAGCAGGGCAGCUGAAAGAGUGGCAGAGCUGGAAGUUGAACUUCAAACCGUCGGCCAGCAAAAUCAGCAAGCCCACGAUCAAAUCGCGGCAAUGGAGCAGAAGGCAGCCGAAGUUGACCUCAAGCUCCAAAGCGAAAUGCAGCAGAAAUCCCAGGCCGUCGACAAAGUCCAGUUGCUGGAGCUCCACGUGACAGAUCUAAAAUUACAACUUGAGGAACAGCAGUUGAACUCUGGUCAACAACUGGAAGACGAUCCGCGUUAUGAGAGUCUAGCCACUGAAAUGGGUCGGUUGACAGAAGCUGGUGCUGGCUAUACAUUCUUCUGGAUCGGUCGCACUGAGGCAGAGAGACGGGACGCAGGAGUCAGCUUUGCCAUCAAAUCCAAUUUGGUCAAUAAGCUGGCUGCGCUUCCCAAAGGUGUCAAUGACCGCCUGAUGACACUGCGCCUGCCUCUUCCUGGCAAACACUUUGCCACACUCAUCAGUACCUAUGCCCCCACGAUGACUAACCCAGACGAUGUGAAGGAGAGGUUCUACGAGGACCUGACAGCCACGAUCACUGCAUUGCCCAGGGCAGAUAAGCUCAGCAUUCUUGGCGACUUUAAUGCCAGAGUCGGCACCGACCAGAAGUCCUGCGAAGGGUUCCUCGGCAAAAAUAGCACGGGCAGCUGUAACAGCAAUGGCACCCUCCUGCUGGACACCUGUCCAGCACACAAGCUCCUGAUCACCAUCUCAGUCUUCUGCCUUCCAAAGCGCAACAGGACCUCCUGGAUCCGCCCCCGCUCAAAACAUUGGCAUCUACUGGACUAUGUCAUGGUCAGGCAAAGGGGUCGUCAGGGUCACUAA